AUGACCACGAUAACUGUUGCACUGGCACCGGUGGCUGAGCAGGAGCAGCACUCUGGGCUAGAAGAGCCCUGUGAAGAGGAGGAGCAACGACAGGAAGAAGACUUUUAUGAGGCGAACGAGGCUAAUAAGCAGGAAAACCCCAAUAAGAAAGAGGGGCUCUGUGAUGAAGAGUCGUGUAAAGAGGAAGACCCAGAGAAGAAACAGAGAGAAAAGAGGGGACAGAGGGAAAAGAAGAGACAGGAGCCUGACUGGGGUCCCGUAUUCGACCGUCGAUAUUACGGUUUAUCAACACUAUUACAACACCCAACCGACGAACCUUCUGGCCUCUUGCCUGCACAGACAACCUUUCAAUACAAACCUUUGGACCCACCCAAACAAGAAUUCAGAUGGAUCUCUCUCCUACCGGCCGAAUUCGAAGACGACAUCUUCAUCUCGAUAGUACACGAGGAGUUUGCUAUUGCGCCUAAACCUGUCUUCGUCCAAAACUGCUGGGCACCGAACUAUGAAGAGGUUGACCCUAACCACAACAUCAUCAUGGUGACGCAAAAUCUCGAGAUCGCACUCCGACACCUUAGGGACAAAGAGGAAUGGAUAUCCAUGAGGAUUGACGCCAUAUGCAUUGACCAGCAAAAUGUAGCAGAACGUAGCCAUCAAGUGGCGUUUAUGGGUGAAACCUACCGCAAGGCCGCCAAGACAUAUAAUGGGUUGGUCCAUUCGCAGAUGACAGCGACGAGGCGAUGGAAUGGGUCGACCUGA